UAUAAUGUAACAAUUUAGGUGCUACAGUGUAACCAACAAAGUGUCAGUGAAAACCGAGCGCGUCAGUCGCCGUUGCGCCCUUCUUCCCUCUCGCCGCGGAUGUAGGCUGCAAGAGACCAACCUCGGACAUCAAAUGACAUUUGUAACAGAGGCGCCGCCAGAGGGAACGGGACUGACUCAUAACACAAUCAUAUGAGGCUGAUGUAUGUUUCCAGUGAGGAGACUACAGUCCUCAGGAGCCACAUAGCACCUCCCCUCCACCUCCACCACCAUCUCCUCUUCCUUUGUCUAGGGGCAUGCCUUCUGAACCCAGCCUCAGCAGUAGGGAGAUGCUGACAGGACAGAGGCUCUGUCAGUCAAAGUCCCACCAGGACUCAGUCCUCUCUGCCCUCAACCAGCAGAGGAAGGAUGGCUUGCUGUGUGACGUCACCCUGGUCGCCGGUGAGCAGAAGUUCCACGCCCACAAAGCCGUCCUGGCAGCGUGCAGCGAUUACUUCAGGGCUAUGUUCAGCUUGUGCAUGGUGGAGAGUGAGGCAGACGAAGUGACUCUGCAAGGAGUGACCAGCGUUGGGCUGAAGCACGCUUUGGACUUCGCCUACACUGGACAGAUACUGCUGGAACCGGCAGUGAUCCAGGACGUCCUGUCUGCAGGCAGCCACCUUCAGCUGCUGGAGCUCCUUAGCCUGUGCUCCCACUACCUCAUCCAGGAACUGAGCAGUGUGAACUACCUGGAGCUGUACCGUGUGGCCGACCUGUUCCACCUCCCCGCCUUAGAGGAGGCCGUGGUGGGCUUCCUGGUGGAGCAUCUGUCUGAGCUGAGCCAGAGCAGGCAGGACGAGGCCCUGCAGCUGCCCUACCGCCUCCUCAGGGAGGUGCUGAAGAGCGACCGCCUCACAUCCCUGAGCGAGGAGGAGAUAUGGAAGUUGGUCGCUCUGUGGCUGGAACACGACUGUCGCUACCAGUACACUGAGGAUCUACUCCAACACGUCCGAUAUGGCCUGAUGGACGUCCCCACACUGCACCACCUUGCCCAUAGCCACCCUCUGGUCCAGUCCAGCCCUACUGCUUCCGCCCUUGUGGAGGAGGCCCUGGACUACCACCACGCCACCUUCGCCCAGCCCCUCCACCAGUCAGCCCGCACCAGGCCUCGCUUCCAGUCUCUCACCCUCUACAUACUUGGCGGGCGGAAGCGGGAGGUGAGCAGAGUCAGGGAGCUGAGGUACUUCAACCCGGCUGCACAGGAGCAUGUACGCGUCGCAGGUGGGUCGAACUGGAGCGAGCUGGCGCCCAUGCCCACUGGGCGCAGCCACCACUGUGUGGCCGUAAUGGGGAACUUCCUAUUUGUUGUGGGUGGGGAGGUGGAGCAUGCCACUGGGAGGACAUGUGCAGUGAGGACUGCUUGUCGAUACGACCCCCGGGGCAACUGUUGGACUGAGAUUGCCCCCAUGAAGGCCUGCAGGGAACACUUUGUCCUGGGUGCUCUGGGUCAGUACCUGUACGCAGUGGGGGGCAGGAAUGAGCUGAGGCAGGUGCUGCCCUCUGUGGAGCGCUACUGUCCCAAGAGGAACAAAUGGAUGUUUGUCCAACCCUUCGACCGCUCACUGUCAUGCCACGCCGGCUGUGUGGCUGACAACCUGCUCUGGGUCUCAGGUGGGGUGACAAACACAGCUCAGUACCAGAAUCGACUGAUGGUGUACGACCCAGAACAGGACCAGUGGUUGGCCCGCAGUCCCAUGUUGCAGAGGCGAGUUUACCACGUCAUGGCGGCGGUGAGGAGGCAGCUCUACGUGCUAGGUGGGAACGACCUGGACUACAACAAUGACCGCAUCCUGGUCCGUCACAUCGACUCCUACAACAUGGACCUGGACCAAUGGACGCGCUGCUCCUUCAGCCUCCUCACGGGUCAAAAUGAGUCCGGAGUUGCCGUCCAUGAUGACAGGAUCUAUUUGGUUGGAGGAUACUCCAUUUGGACCAACGAGCCUCUGGCAUGCAUUCAGGUGCUGGAUCUGAGCACAGAGGGGAAGGAGGAGGUUUUCUACGGGCCAACACUGCCAUUCGCCUCCAAUGGAAUAGCUACUUGUUUCCUCCCUGCUCCUUACUUCACCUGCCCAAACCUACAGACUCUACAAGUACCCCAUCACAGGAUAGGUGCCGUUUAAACCACUGAUGAACAAAACGUCAGAAAACAUGAACACAUAUCCAGAGAAUGGAGGAGCCUCAACUCGACUCUGGACCUUCAGUAUUUCAGUAUGUGACGUGACAAAAAUGUACCCGAUCAACGUAAUCAUUCUGGAACCUGCCAUCACUGUCACACAAGUGUACAGGGAUUUCUCUGAGACCCAAAUGUAAUAACAGUACUUUCCUGAUUUACAAGAGCCAUGUCAUUCUGCAAGCUUCUAGGAAACUCAAAAACAAGCAGCUGUCACAAUAAUACAGCUUAUCUGUUGUAUUUCCCCAAAGACUGAGACACCAUUCAUGAUGUCCAGUAUGAUGCAAUGAGCAAGAAAAAAUAAGUCCAGAGGGAUUAUAAAUCUCUGAGAAGACAGGAACAAAAUGCCAGUCCUAUUACCAAGUAAGUGACUUGUGGUAAGUAGACAUUACUGAAUUGCGCAAUCGAAGAAGAAAGUGUUCUUUUUGUUACCCAUUAUAGGGCUAUAGGAGCUUUUCUAGCUAAAAUCACUGUAUAACAUUUCCAUCAAACCUCUAUAAUCACUUCGGUGGCCUGAAGAACAUGUGCAGGAUGUUUUUCAAGAUAUAGAGGACAAAGCCUGUUUUCUCAUCGACUCUUAAGUGUCAAGAGCCUGAGGCUGAAGCUCAUCAGUGCAUAAAUGACCAUGUGAUUUUUUAUUUAUUCAAAUAAGGUAAAAAAUUACUUGAUUUUACUGCAGCAGCAGUGACACACUACUUUAUGUGUGUAUUGACCCAUGUAAGUGAGUGUGAGAUUUUUAUUAUGCUCAGGACCUAAGACUGUUUAUGUUCAAAUGAAUGUCUGGUCAUUGUCAUCAUUCAGAGAGUAUCUGUUGAAUAUUCUCCAGUGUUGUAUAUGAUAUUCUAUGAUAUAUAUGAUAACACUCCAUUAUGCUGAUUUUCAACACUUUGACCAAAAGAGAGAAAAUGCGUCUGUCCAAAACAUGCGUCUGAAAGAAUACAUGGGCAAUUUUCAGAAUAAAGAAGCUACAUAAAUAAA